UCUUGACGUCUUGCUAGUUCGAAUUGUUAGCACAGAAGCUAAAUAGCAGCUGCCAGAAAGAAAAUUAGUGAUAUAGUUAACGUCAUGGUGUGUUUUUAAAUCAUUUCUAAUCAUCGCGACUCUGUUUCUUGCUUUUAUUGCGAGCUUUAGCAGUACGACAUUCAAGACAGAGAAGUUUACAUGGUGCAGUUCCUCAUUUCUGAGAGAGAAAACGAGAGGCUGGUGAGGGAUCGAUCGUUUAAAGCUGCUCAAGAGUCCAAUGCAGUCGGCUGUGGAGACGGUGGAGAACGCCUCCAUCCUUUCGAGCAGCUCGUCGCAGGAAGGCCACCGCCUGUGGAUCGGCAACAUCGACCCCAAAAUCACAGAGUAUCACCUGGUGAAGCUCCUGGAGAAAUUUGGAAAAGUGAAGCAGUUUGAUUUCCUGUUCCACAAAUCCGGACCGCUGGAGGGUCAGCCGAGAGGAUACUGCUUCGUCAACUUCCACACCAAAGAGGAGGCUGAACGGGCCAUCCAGUGUCUCAAUGGAAAACUGGCACUGUCCAAGAAGCUGGUGGUGCGUUGGGCCCACGCACAGAGAUUUGAGCCCUACAGAGGGGAUAAGAACCUGCCUGCCAGCUUGGAGCCAUCAUGCAGUGAGGCAGAAGAGCAGCCCACCUCUCUGAGUGUGAGUGCGAAGAUUAAAGCAAUCGAGGCGAAGCUGCAGAUGAUGGAGGAGAACGUGGAUGAGGAAUACUCAGGACCAUCUCCGUACCUCUACAACAAACCUCCUGAGAAGAAGGACAAGAGAUCGCAGCCCUACAACAAACAGUUCCGCAGGUUCAGGAGAUGACCCGCUGUCCGUCUCCUCGCGCGCGCACACCACACACACACACACACACACACACACACUUCCACAACUGUCGUGCCAGCAGCAGAAAGACAUUUGUGUGUCACACUUCUCUCUUUCACUCUUUUAUUUUUAAAUAAAUAGUUUAAAGUUUUGUACAUUUUUGUAGCUUGUCAGUUCUCCACACUUCCUUUCUUCCCCUCGAACUGAAACACUGAUGUGUGUGAGAUGUCUUCUACCCUCCAUCGUGCUCCUGUGUGUGUUCUGCUGCUGGUGUUUUGUGUUUUAGAUCACAGACUGAUCUUUAUUCUCAUUCUGGAAGUACAGACUCGGCCUCGGUUCCACUGUUCACUGCUUCCCAGCCUUCCUCAGAGACGGUUGGUCAUGUGAUCUACACAGUGACGAUGUGACAUUCAGAUCGCUUUUUUUUUUUUUUUUAAAUCCAUUCUACCAGUAAAUCCCACGAGUCCGUAAAGUGAUGUUGAGCUGUAGCUGUGCUUUCACUCUUUAUGAAUAUCCGGAUAAACUCCUCAGUAAUUAUGUUUACGUUUUCACCCUGAAAUAGAAAAAAAACUGAUCACCUUUUCGCUUCCAGGGCGGGGACGUGAGCAGAAAUCUGACAAGAGGUCUAAUUCCCAUCAGCUGAAAGAUAUCAUCUGUAGAGUGUGUGUCGUUUAUUAUUUAAAAAUGUUUAGAUAGUGAUUCAGUUCAAAUUUUGCUCUGAAAUAAAAAUGAUCACUGCUUUUAAUGAAA